GUGCUGCCCUGCGACCGCGCCGGCGGCGAGAGGGCGCCCGCGCUCGAGGAGGCGGCCUUCGCGGAGGCGAAGCUGCUGCAGCGGCUGCGCCAUCCGCACGUCGUGGGCUGCCACGAGGUGUUCCUGGACGCCGCGCAGCAGACGGUGCAGCUGUUGCUGGAGUUCAUGGACGGCGGGGACCUGCAGGGCCUCCUGGUCGCGCAGAGGGGCGCCGGCGAAGCCCCGCCUUUCGAGGCCCACUUCGCCCGGCGCAUCCUGGGCGCCGUGGGUGGCGCGCUGGCGUACAUCCACUCCGCAGGCGUGCUGCACCGGGACGUGAAGCCGGCCAACGUUCUGCUGACGAGGUGCUCGCAGCGCAUCAAGCUGGCGGACUUCGGCAUCGCCAAGCUGCUGGAGAGGACGAGCCACGCCAUGACGGUGGUCGGCACGCCGUACUACAUCUCGCCGGAGAUCGCGAUGGGGCACGCGUACGGGGAGGCGGCGGACGCCUGGGCGCUCGGGGUGUGCCUCUACGAGGUCGUGGCGCUGCAGAGGCCCUUCGACGCAGGAAACCAGCUCGCCCUCGUUCGCCGCAUCUGUGAGGAGGCUCCGCCCGAACUCCCAGCGCACGCGUCCCCAGACGUUCGUAGAGCCAUCGAGGGACUCCUCGUGAAGGACCCCUGCGACCGCAUGCCGCUGCAGGAGGCCCUCGCCGUCAGCGACGCCGUUGCCGCACUCGUAGCGCCGGUGGACGGCAGCGCCGCGGCCCCGCGCGCGACGCCGCGCGGCGACCGGGGAGUGGCCGAGGCUGCCGCGUGCGGGGCCGCUGGCGGCCGCCGGGCGGCAGCCUCCAGAGGGCGCGGGCUGGAGAUCAUGCUGGAGUCGCCGCAGCUGGAGCAGCCGGACGUGAGCCCGAGCCCCUCCUGCAACGACGUGCUGCAGGCGUCCUGGUGCGGCUCGGAGGCUGCCACGGCGGCCAGAGAGGCCCUGGCGGGCGACGUGGACGACCCCGAGGACCUGGUCCAAGCCCUGGCCGCGGUCGAGCGCGAGCGGUCGUCGGGUGCGGCCGAGGAGUGCGCGGGCGCGGCGGACACCUUCGCCUCCUCGGCGCUGUGCUCGCUGGAGCGGGAGCUGAGGAUCCGGAUCUCGGCGCUGCGGGACGACGCCGCGGCGAUGCUAGAUGGCCUGGUGGCCACGGACGCUGGCGAGGCCACCGAGCGAGACGGUCGCGCGGGCGACGGCGCGGAGGCCGCCGCGGCGCUCGAGGGAAGCCGCAGCCCGUCUGCCAGCAGCAGUGCCAGCGCGCCACGGUCUUCCUGUUCGCGCUCGCCUCGCGCGCUGAGCAGCGGCCCGCUGAGCAGGUGCGGCCCGCGCUCGACCGUCGACCUGGACUUCGAGUCCGCGCUCGAGGUCGCCACGUCGCUGGGCGUGGACACGAACACCUCCGAGGAGCGCAUGGCGCGCAAGCGCGGCAUGUUGAGUCUACGCGUCAAGUGGGGCGCCGUGGCGCGCUUCUGCAUGCUGCCCGUGAACGUCGGCUUCGACUCCCUGGUCGCAGAGGUUGCGCGCCGCUUCGGCCUCGCCAACGGGGCGGCGCUGCCGCCGCUGGUGUGGCGCGAGGCCGGCGAGACGUUCGAGCUGAGGGGCCCGUCCAAGUGGGAGGAGUGCCUGCAGCGGAGAGGCCUCGUGGCGCAGCCCGGGCGCCUGGAGCUCGAGGUGUCCAGCGACGCGCCGCCGCCUCCGAUGACGCGGCCGAUGCGCCGGGACCCCUUCUCGUACCAGGUGCCUUUCUCGUACCUGUCCCCGCUGAGCCGCGACCAGCCUGUCGCCGGGCCUGGUGGCAUGCAGCGGCCCGAGCUUUUCAGGUGGCAGUUCAACCAGAGAGAAAGGUUCAGCAACCGCCCACGGCCGCCCAUCACCAGAAGUGGCUCGAGGCCACAGCUGGACUCGACCGGCGGCGCGCCGGGCAGCUCCGCGCCAGGCUUCGCGGCCGGCUACGCAGCUGCGACCCCGUCGGCACGCGGCGCGGCCGGCUACGCGGCGGCCACCUCGUCGGCCCGUGCCGCGCCCGAGGCGAGGAGGCGGCUGUUCCGCGCCUCGGACGGCGCCCUCGGCCGCACCUGGGCGGCCGAGGAGGAGGCGCUCGCCGCCACGGUGCAGCUGCAGGCGGCGCCCGCCGCGGGCCGCCACGCGACGGGCAGCCGCCCCGCGCUGGCGCCAGGCGCGGGCGCCGCGGCCACGCAGCCGCUGCCGAGCGCGGCGCCCGCCGCCGACGCGGCGCCGCUGGCGCCGCCCCCCAGCCGCGAGGGCCACCCGGCCCAGAAGGCCCGCGGCAGCGCCGCGGGUCGAUCGGUGGUGCAGCUGCGCCGGGCCGCGCCGGGCGAGCCGCGCGCCUCGGCCGCCUCGCCGCAGUGCCAGGACAAGCCCGGGCAGGCAAGGGCAGCGCAGCAGGCGCCCGGCGCCGCAGCUGCGCCGGCAGGCCCAGGUGGCCUUCCGCUUCAAGUUAAUGGCAAAGCGAUGCCACUCCAAGAGGGAGCUGGGCUGGCGGGCCGCUGAGAGGCGGCGAUGGGUGAGCCGGCCCCCGACCGAGCGCCAUCGGCGCGCGCGCUCGGCGCGCGCCCGCGGUGGUGGGAGCGGGCCCGCUGCGCUCGGCCGAUGCGGGGAGG